AUGUCUUUCAGCCGACUAAUUCGUUUUGAGGAAGAUGGUAUAAGUCACUAUGGUGAUCUCAUCGACUCUAGUGACGGAAAAGGCUCCGAUGUCUUGGAGCUCAGUGGUAACCCAUGGCAAGGUCUGAAAUACACUGGUCGCAAGAUCAAAACUCCAAAGCUUUUGUGCCCUCUGGAGACCUGUCCUAUCAUCAUCUGUGUAGGACUCAAUUACAAGCAACAUGCAGAGGAAGCAAAGCUGAAAGUACCGACCUUUCCCGUAAUUUUCACGAAACCUAGCGAUGCUUUGGCAGGGCCAUUGGAUGAUGUCAAGGUACAUCCUGAUGCCCAGGUCCAACUUGACUAUGAGGGAGAGCUCGUGGUCGUAAUUGGACGUGAUGCCAAAGAUGUCCCAGAGAAUCAGGCUCUCAGUUACGUGUUGGGAUACACAGCUGGGAACGACGUGUCUGCAAGGAAUUUUCAACUACCAGAGGCUUCUGGUGGGCAAUUCUGUUACGCGAAAUCUUUCGAUGGUUUCGCACCUAUUGGUCCCGCCAUCUGGUCAACUGAGUUGGUGCCGGAUCCCCAAAAGCUUCAUCUCAAGACAAUCGUCAACGGCGAGGUUGUACAAGAGACGGAUACCAGUGAUAUGAUCUGGUCAGUCGCCCAAAUCGUUUCCCAUCUCUCUCGAGGAACGACUUUGCGGAAAGGAACGGUAAUUAUGACUGGUACGCCCUCUGGGGUCGGAUAUUUUCGAGGCAUUUUCCUCAAGGACGGUGACUUGGUUGAAGUGGAAGUCUCUGGACUUGGCCGAGUCACAAAUCGGGUUGUAUUUUAG